AUGAAGAAGUGCCAGAAUUUGAUAAUAUGCUGCAUAAUUUUUACAACACGAUAUAUUGACCAGGAUUCGUGAUUUUUUUUUUACAUGUCGUGCUUGAACAGUCGAAAUAAGAGAAAUGGGAAAAAAAUUUCCAAAUGAAGUAUUGGAGAAUAUUUUCAAGCAUAUGGAUGCGAGAACUUUAAUGCAUAGCAAGAAAGUUUGUAUUCGUUGGAAAGAAAUUAUUUCGAAGAUGGAACUGAUGGGAAACCUAUGGCUAGAUUAUUGCCUUCGAGAAAUCCCCAAGUGCAUUUUAAUUGAUAUCUCUAAACUUGACCAUGACUUGGUGGAAACGAGUAAAGGAGAUAUUUUUUAUCACAUGCUUUCUAAGAUGGGGUGGAUUUUCUGGAAGGAAAUAUUUAAAGAAUAUGUAAGAGCAUGGCGUGUAAAACAGGAUCUCUAUGUUAUGACAACUGUAAAAUAUAACCAAGACUUUGGCCAAGUAACAGCACUGGCAUUUAAUGAUUUGGUUUUAUAUAGUGGUUUUGAAAAUGGUGAUGUUUUUCUCUGGAAGAAUUUAGACACAGGUCAAAAGAGCACAAAAGUUACUGACUCAGUUUACUCUCCUGUGCAGGCAAUUUACUGUAACCCAAAAGGAAGUAUAACCUCUCAGCUUCAAGGUAUUGGUAAGAAGACAGAGACACUUAUGGUUGUGUACAAAGAUAAGGUGAAACUUUACAGAAAUGAAGGGCGGAAAUCGGCAAGCAAUGUAUCACAAUGGCAGUGGCAGCAAGAAGUUUCUAGGAAGCCAUGUGAAAAUCCCCAUGAGUUCUGUCCCUUACCUGGUGGCCAUUUAUCCUCCUUUGAGUGGUAUUCUGGGGGAUACAUCCACCAGACAGAAGAAACCACAAAACGGAUAAGUGUGUGUGAGGAUUGGAUGGAUAUUCAUAUCACAGCUGCAGCAGCCACCAAAGGAAAGAUAGUAUUUGGAAGGAACUCAGGGGAAGUCUUCUACAUCAGCGGUAGUUCUUCUGUAACAGUGCUGGAUAAUCUGAGAUCCAGGGUCCGACAGCUGAUCAUCAAAGGAAAAACUAUUCUGUGUUUGACUGAUGAUUCACACAUCCAUAUAUCAGCUAACUUUGCUACAUUCUGUAAACUAGAUGCCCACAAAGCCUUUGGGUGUCAUGUGGAAUGUAUAGCAUGGCAGGCGUCAAUACUAGUGAUUGGAACAAAAUAUGGUGUUGUUCACGUUUAUCAUGUUCCCACAGAAAAAAGUCUGCUGGAUUUAGACUUGAACAAGUCCACUGUGAUUCCGUUGAACUGUGAACAUGUGAAUGCCAUAGCAAUAGGGGAUGAUGGGAGUAGACCAGUGGUUGCCGUGGCAACAGAUACUGUCGGAAUCAUGCAUGUCAUUCGUUGGUGAAUUUGUGUUCUUGGAUUCUUGAUUCUUAGUUUUGUUUUUGAAUAUUUAUGGAGUAUAUAUAAUAGAAAUUGCUCCGAUAUCGGUGCAGUGUAAGAGUCACUAAAAAUUUUUUGUUUUG